AACGUCAAAAUAUGAAGUCUGUCACUUCUCCGAAUGUCCCACAUCCUUCUCGCUUGACGAGAGCCGCGAGAGAAAGCAUAAUACCAUCUCUCGCGACGCGGCGUCAGACCUCGGGAGGACGUAUUUUGUUUUCUCUUUAUCUCUUUCGCUCGUGCGUCUAAAGACAAUAACGCAUCUAACAAGAGACAUCGCGAAAUAUGUGUUCUGCAGCUCGUUUUCCGUGUUCUUGCACAGUGCGGUGUAUUCGCGAUUAAAAUGCCUGAAAACUUGUCCUGCCAGAAGCGAGGUCGCAUCGUCGGACUGGCUCAGGGCGGAAAAUCAGUAGCAGAAAUUGCUGCUGAUAUUCCGUGUUCUAAAAAAACUGUCCGACGAUGGAUACGACGUUUCGCAGAAGGCGGUGAUGACGCUUUGACUGAUCAUCGUCUGCAUAAUCGUCGUCCCCGUAAAAUCGGUGCCGACAAAGUAAAGGCGAUCAUCGCUGCGGCUGCUGAUCGACCGUUCGGUAGCGUUCGGGAGUUCAGCAACGCAGCUGACGUGAAUGUAUCUGAGAGGACAAUCCGGCGUCGUCUUAACGAAGCUGGAUAUCACUGUUACCGUCUAGCGUACAAAAUUCCGCUGACUCCUGUUCAUCGGGAGCAGCGAAUCGCUCAGCCGGCUGAGUCGCGUCGUUGCAUCCAUUCCAGUGACGCGUACGGAAAUUAUUCAGUAUUCUCUUUACAAACAGCAAUGCCACGUACAUCACAGCGUGCUUCAAAAGCGAAGGCUGAUUCUUCCAAAGCUAAACCUAGUAAGAAAACAGAAAAAUUAGAUGAAAAUGGAACUUUGAAUAAAAAGCGUGUAAAUGAUGCAAACGAUGAACCUGCUUCAAAGAGGACAAGAGUCAAUUUAAAGGCAUCAAAAAGUGCUGAUAAAAGCGAGCCAUCUUCGCCAAAGAAGGCGAAGAAUGAACCCAAGCAAAUGUUAAAUAAAAUUGAUACAAACUUGGACGAGAUAGAUUUUGGAUGUGUUAAGACAAAUGAGGAUGGAAAGGAGUAUAAUUUGAAGAUCUGCACUUGGAAUGUUUCUGGAAUCAGAGCUGUCAUCAAGAAAAAUGGAAUCGACUAUAUCACCAAAGAAGAUGCAGAUAUAAUUGCUUUGCAAGAAACAAAGUGUGACAAAGAUAAGAUGCCAGAUGAAGUCAAAUUGCCAGGAUAUCAUCAUUAUUUUGUUGACAGUAAGAAACCAGGUUAUUGCGGAGUUGCUUUGUUGAGCAAGGAAAAGCCAAUUUCUGUGAAAUAUGGCUUAAAUGAUUCUAACUUUGAUAGUGAGGGUAGAAUGAUCACGGCAGAGUUCCCUAAAUUUUUCGUGGUCAAUACUUAUGUGCCAAAUGCUGGUCAGAAGUUGGUGACAUUGCCAAAAAGAUUGGAGUGGAAUAAAGCAUUCAAAAAAUGUGUUGAGGAAUUGGAUAAAAAAAAACCAGUCAUCAUAUGUGGUGACAUGAAUGUAGCUCACCAAGAAAUUGAUUUAAAGAAUCCUAAAACAAACACGAAAAAUGCUGGAUUUACUAAAGAAGAACGAGAUGAUAUGACCGACUUUUUAGCCGCUGGAUUUGUAGAUACCUUCAGAGCAUUAUAUCCUGAGACAGAGGGUGCAUAUACAUUCUGGUCGUAUUUUGCUAAUGCGCGUAGUAAGAAUAUUGGAUGGCGACUAGACUAUUUCUUAACAUCUGAACGGAUUAAGAAUAAAGUGUGCGAUAAUGUUAUAAGGAAGCAGGUUUACGGCAGCGAUCAUUGUCCUGUAAUACUUUACAUCAAUUUGUAAUUUGUAUCAAUAAUAAACAUUUUGUGUGUGUUGUAUGAAAA